AUGGACAUCACCGCCGGAACAUUUGCUUUCCACCUUCCCAGACUCCUAGAUGACCUAGCAACCUGUCACUUCGUGUCGAUCGAUUGCGAAUUCUCCGGAAUCCCUAAGGCCAAUUCAGCACCGUCUAGGGGAAGAUCCACCGUUCAGAAGCGGUAUGACGAGUACAGGGAAUGUACCGAUAAAUACAACAUCGUGCAAAUCGGCCUUACUGUUGGCCAUGAAGAUACCAAGAAAGCAACAUAUACCCUUCGACCCUACAAUGUAUACCUGAGUCCGAGUAUCGAUCAAAAGUUGGACGUAGAUAGGGAUCUCAGCUUCCAAAGUGGCGCUAUGGAUUUUCUUCACCAGAAUCAGUUCUCUCUGGACUCAAUGUACAAGGAUGGCGUUCGAUAUUUGUCUCGGGACGAAGAGGACAUAGCCAUGGCUAAAGCUUCGGCGAAGUUCAACCGCACAGCAUCUCGCACAGUUAUGGAAGUCAAAGAGACAGAGCAUGACUCCCUUGAGUUCAUUGAAGCAGUUCGAAAGCUGGUCAAGGAUUGGCUUGCUCUUGGUAAAGCUCGUGAACCAUACCUCAACAUUCCGCCGCCGACUCGUGAUACUGUGAACGAUGACACCAAGUUGAUGCCCUCAACGUUGAACAACUACCAAAAACGACUCGUGCAUCAGCUUAUAGAAGUAGAAUACCCAUCACUGGUCACAAUCGGCAAUCCUACCUUCAUCCAGAUCAUUGACUAUGACGAGAACCGCGAGAAAGCGGUCCGUGAGCAACGAAUGAAGCUAGCCCGAGAACGAAUAUCCAAGCAAAUCGGCUUCAGAUGGGUGGCAGAAGCGUUGGCAGGCGGCGAUCUCUCGCAUCUUGAUCCUUACUGUUUCCAGAACACGAUGUCCACCUCCACAGCCGUGAAGCCCCAAGCCUCGCUCAAGAUUUUCUCUGAGAAAAUGAAACAGCAAUUACAGUCACACCGGCCUGUACUGGUAGGCCACAAUCUCUUCAUUGAUUUGGUCUACUUCUGCCGGUGCUUUUUUGGGCCGCUGCCGGAGCGCGUGCAGGACUUUCAGAGCAUGGUCCAUAAGAUGUUUCCGGUGCUGGUUGAUACGAAAUACCUGGCUACGCAUCAAUGCGGGUCUAUCAUUCCACGGUCUUCGCUGAGUGACAUCAACGAGAAGCUGGUGCAGACUGCAACGCCCAAAAUCAAAAUACACCGCCAGCAUGCCAAAUACAAUGGCCGGAAAAUCGAGCACGAAGCAGGCUACGAUAGUCUGCUCACGGCGCAGGUAUUCAUCAAGCUGUCUGCCCAGCUUCGUGACGGUGGCGUGUCCGAGGCUGAACCCAUCUCGAAACCACAAAACCAGCCUAACAAACAAAGUUCAAAGGAGAAACGCAUCAGCGCUAAGGGAAGCGGGGACAUCGGUCUUCCCACAAGAUUCGAUGUGCUGGGAAUUGACGAGGUUGGAAACGUCGACAGCGAUCUUGCUAGCGAGGAUGAAAAGGUCCGGCGGGAUGACGCCGCCGAGAAAGCCAGCAAAGGGCAAUUGAUCCCUCGGAGCGGCGCAGAAUUCUGGACGGUCUACAGCAACAAGCUCCGCGUGUUUGGCACGGAGGAGAGUGUUUGUCAUGUAUCUGAAUUGUUGACCAGCAACCGCAUCACGGGUCCCUGUUCAACAGAGAUGUCUUCAGGAGCCAAUGGCGCCAGGCGCAUAGCCUCGGUAUUGAGGCCUUCCAUCGCCGACCCCCGAGUGUGCAGAAGCUGUCAAGAAUCCCUCGUUCGCCGCAGCUAUGCCUCCUCCGCUGCUGCUCCCACCACCGAAUCCACCUCUUCCUCGUCGGCCGCAUCCGUCCCCUUCCCCGUCCUGAAGCCCACCUACACCAUCAACGCCGGCGUGGUCCUGUCCCGUCCGCCCCAGCUCACCCGCGACCUGACGCCGUUCGAGAAGGCGUACUACUUCUACCAGCGGCGUCUCAACGAGCGUCUGGCCCUGCCGUUCACCAAAUACUUCUACUUCAAGCGCGGCACUCCCGCUGACGAGGACUGGAAGCGCAAGAUCCGGGACCGCCAGACCCCCGCCCGCGACGUCGGCAAGUACAACGCCUACUCCAAGGACGCGUGGAACGAUGAGCUGCUCGUUGGCGCCGUCGAGUCCGACCCGGAUCAUCAGGUCGAAAUGCUCGUCCAGGACGCCGAGGCUACCGCCAACGCUACCUCCCAGGACACUAGUAAGAAAGAGGAGAUCCCGAGACCGUUCUCCCGGGUCACGGAGGCCGAUCAGAAUGGGGACCAGACGAGUCUGAACCGUGCGUUGCAGCGCACGCUGUAUCUGCUUGUGCAGUCGAAGGAGGGUUAUUGGAAGCUUCCUAGCUCUCCGGUGGAGACGGAGGAGACUCUUCGAUUGGCGGCCGAACGUACCCUUUCCCAGACCGCCGGUGUCAACAUGAACACCUGGAUGGUGGGCUACCACCCCGUCGGCCACUACGUCUACAACAACCGCAAGCCGCACAUCGACGAGGCCAACGGCGUGGAGCACCUCGGCGAGAAGACCUUUUACAUGAAGGCGCGCAUCAUGGCCGGCCAGGCAGAUCUGUCUGCCAACCUGCAGAACCUGCAGGGUUUCAAGUGGUUGACUAAGGAGGAGAUUGCGAAGUACGUUCGGGCUCAGUACUACGCUAGCAUCAAGAACAUGCUGGCUGAGCGGUAA